AUGCUAAAUAAUGAGACUUUAAUUUUUUUAUUUUAAAUUAAUUCCUAAUAGAACAGACUAAUAAAAAAUUUCCUGAGCAAUUUUACGACCCAGAGCAAGCCAAAGACGAGCUAAAAACCAAGCUAAAACUCUUAAGAUCAGCUUUAAAGCCACUCAUAGUCGAUGGAAAAGUCCCAAGCAGCGCAGUCCCAUCUGACCUCCGCGAAGAAAUCGUAAAAAUCUAUGACGAGCAUGGCGGUAUCAACCUUCUGACCCAAAUUCUCAAACUUGGUUACAACACUAUCAAAAACUGGCACAAAACCUGACAAUCAGACCCCUUGGUCUUUCGCAAGCCCAUCAAGCGUCAGCGCGAAAAAGGCUCCCAAGUAGAAAAAGUCGUUAA